AUGCGACCAAGUCCAUCGCAGCUUUUCCGUACAUUCAGUCCUCUCUAUCAUGAAAACCCAUUAGGGCUCCCCCGAACGGGCACCAUCCCACGCAUGCAACGCGGCCUCCCAGAACGGAGGCCGAUCAAGGAUGUCCGAAAAGUCAUCGCCGUAUCUUCAGCUAAAGGCGGCGUGGGCAAGAGCACAGUGGCAGCCAACCUCUCCCUAGCCUUUGCCCGUCUUGGCCACCGCACCGGCAUUCUAGACACUGAUAUCUUUGGGCCGUCGAUACCGACAUUGUUCAACUUGUCAGGGGAGCCACGCUUAUCACAUAACAAUCAACUAAUCCCCAUGUCGAAUUAUGGCGUGAAGACUAUGUCAAUAGGCUACCUCGUAGGCGAGGACGCGCCCGUUGUGUGGCGUGGCCUCAUGGUCAUGAAAGCGUUACAGCAACUUCUGCACGAGGUGGACUGGGGCGGUUUGGACCUACUCGUGCUGGACCUACCGCCUGGGACGGGAGACACGCAGUUGAGUGUUACGCAGCAGAUUGUUCUCGACGGAUCGAUAAUAGUAACCACACCACACACCCUCGCAGUCAAGGAUGCGGUCAAGGGCAUUAACAUGUUCAAAAAGGUCGAGGUGCCGAUUCUGGGGCUCGUGCAGAACAUGUCUAUGUUCCACUGUCCUCAAUGCCAACACGAGACUGCCGUAUUUGGUUCCAAUGAACGAGUGAAGAAGGUAUGCGCAGAUCACGAUAUUCGAGUCUUGGGAGAAAUUCCUCUGCAUAUGAAUAUUGGGGACGACGGGGAGCGAGGCAAGCCAACCGUCGUCGCUGAACCAGAGAGCACAAGGGCGUCCGCGUUCUUGAGAAUUGCACAGAAAGUGGGAGCCAAGAUUGGAUUAUGA